GGCAAAACUGUCAAUUUCGUAUAUAAAUGAUCUCUGCGAAACGUCUCCCUUUUAUAACCUCAAAAAUGCGCGAGAUGCAUCAAACUCCAAUGGUGAAGUGAGCUUUUUCUAAUCAUUAAUUAGUGUUAAAGUGAACGGAUUACCACAAUGCCAUCGAAAAAGAGAAAAUACAACGCCCGGUUUCCCGCCGGGCGAAUAAAGAAGAUAAUGCAGACUGACGAGGAGGUCGGGAAAGUGGCCCAGGCCGUGCCAAUCAUAAUUUCUCGGACACUGGAGCUGUUCGUGGAGUCCCUCCUCAGCAAAGCCCUCCAAGUGACGACCGCGAGGAACGCCAAAACCCUCAGCCCUUCACACGUCAAGCAGUGUAUCUUAGCUGAAUCUCGCUUCGACUUCCUUAAGGACUUGGUCGCAAACAUACCAGAUGUGUCGGCGGCGGAAGAGAAAGAAAUGAUGAGCGCCGAAGACUCCCCAAAUUCAUCCAGAUUUUCAGACUCAGCUCCCCGCCGACUAGCCAGAGAAGACUCCAAUAGCUCCAGUAGCAACGAAGUCCGACCUCGGACCCAAAGAGAGAUGCCUCGCAGCAUCUCCUUAGACCCCGAAAUACAUAGGCACAGGCACGAGCCCACCUCCACCAUAGUCUCCACAGACACAGUCAUGGAUUUAUCCAAAAAGUCAACAGAACCAAAGGUCCGUGCAAACUUCUACCAAGAAACGCUGCCUGAUGAGGUACAGCAAACUAGUGUCAUAACCCCCAACCCAACUUACGCGCAACCAUCCACCUCAAACUUCGUCCCUAAAGACGUGCCAAAGCCAACUAAAUUCUACGUAGAUGUACCAAUCCAGAACAACAAUACGCCUGUGACGCCUAUAUUAAAUAUAGACUUUUCUAAAAGCUUAGCCGCCCCUGAGAUAAAAGUUUUAAGCCCUCUAGAAAAACCGAGAUUACAAAGGCAGAAUUCGAAACAACAUAAGGAGGUAAAGAAAUUUAAGCCGCCCAUACCGCAUAUUGACAUAGAUUUGACGGGCAAUCUACAGAUCGACGAAGACUAUGAUACCUGAAUACGUUUGUAAGUUUUGUUUUUGUAUUUUGUAAGUGAUGUUUGUUAUGCGAUGAGGUUUUUUUUAAAUAAGACAUUUUAAUGAGGGGUUUUUGUCAAUAAAAAGUUACUGUAAGACUUACUGCUUUCAAAACACAAUUAUUAUGGCGGGAGAAUAUAAUCACGGGCUUAUUUUGUUUUUCAAUACUUAAAUUAAAAAAUAUCCAAUAAAAAACGUAAAUGGCUUAAUAAUUGAAGUCCGUGACACUUGUCAACCUCAAUACCUUUAUAACUUUAAUAGGAUAUAAUGAAAUAGGAAAUAGGAGACUCCCGUGAGUUUCUGAUAUACGAGUAAUUAUUAUUGUCUUUAUGCAUCUCAUCGCGCUGCUGUCGUGGCGCAUGAAGGACCUCCAAACGGUUCGAAACACGUGACGUGAGUGACCGUUCAUAAAUAUUAAUUGUAUUAUGAACUUUAUUUAUAUGGUAUUAAAGAUUAUGGAUAUUUAUGUUGCCCCCUGUGUCUGUAAAAAAACCUCAUUGUCUAACAUGUAGAUAUAAUUAUGUUAUAUUGUGUUGUUUACCAUUGUGUGUGGUAUGUUUUAGUCGCUACAUCGAUAUUAAACCGUUCUGAAUUUCUCAAUCUUGUCGCCUAGUCAAUAAGAUUGAAAAUA